CCUGGGCCAGGAGGAGUAUCCAGACGAAUACUAGAUAGACUAUAUGGCCCUUGCUCAACAGAACCACGAACUGAUCUAAACCACUACCGAGAGUCACCAUGAGUACCUUUCCAGACCAAAAAUGGGGCUAUGAUUUUCGACACCUUAUUGACCUGAUUGUCGGUGAUAGAAGGCGCGAUCCUGCGUACACCGAUAGUUACCGCCACAUUGAGAGAUACGAUUCAGAAUUUGCUGCAGUCAUCCAUGAUCUCCUGGAACCCGGGACUGAACUCGCGAACAAUUUCCCAGACCUUCAUCAACUUCUCUCCCGUCGCUACAAUGCAGCCUUGGCUGCUCGGGAAACAGAAGUAUCUCAAUGCUGGCACACCCAUCCGGAUAGCGGCGAGAGAUUUGAUAGCCACAAGUACCAGACUCGGCUUCUGCGGCACCCGGAACUUGAAAUAAGCAGGGAUGACGAGGAGGGGAAGAUAGAUUCCAGAUGGAAGUUUCUAUGCCAGAUCCUGAAGGAACAGCACUUCGUUAUCCGGGGCAUCAUCGGCAGUGGAAGUUACGGUAUUGUCCUCCUUGCCCAUAAAAGAGACGAUGAAGGUCGUUUGUACGCUAUUAAGGUGGAGAACCUGGUUACAAUCGCUACAACAGUGAACUAUCACGAGAAAGUCAGGGUUGUCGGCGCGAUUGGACCCUCACCCGUAGUGGCGCCCUUAUUCUUACAGAACCAGGAACACCACUACAUCCCAGUUGAGGCGUACAUUCUGCUUCUGACCAACGAGUGUGGCCGGUUCCCAACCCUUGACUCGGUUUACACCCACCUAGUCUACCAGGCCAUCGUGAUGUCCGCCCACCUCGAUCAGGCCGUUGCCGAUGCUUCUUACAUCCCCGAAAACCCUGAAUAUGACGAAUUGCUCGCGCGGAGAUUCAAGGCUUGCACCGCCAGUCAACUCGUAAUGAAAAAGGAGACGAGACUGAGGGAGCACAUGGUCUGCAAGAUUGCAUCUCAACUCCUGGAAGGCGUCGCCUAUUUGCGGGACAUGCAUAUCUGCCACGACGAUCUCAAGAACGAUAAUUUCAUCCUAGAAGAAGACUUGAACACCAUCAUCAUCGACAUGGGACUCUACACAUUCGGACUCACCAAUGACGACUAUCUCAAGGAGGAAUACACCUACGUACCCGCCUACGAAGGCAGCCUUACGCCGGAACUGACCCUCGAGCUCUUCAAGCCCGACUAUGUCAAGGAAGCGAGGGACUAUUGGCAGUUCUGCAUCAAGCUCCCCCACGACCAGCGGAUGGUCGGCCUGUGGGUGCUGGCCUCGAAUAUCUACGAGCUUCUGCACGGAUUCGCGCCCUGGGAGGACCCCGAGUGGGAUAAGGAACUCUGUUGUGUGCCGGAUUGGCGGCAACUCGGGUUGGGCAAACGCAUCGCCACCGCGCGACUGAACGUGGCCAAAGAGCGGCGGAAACGGGUCGUCAACAAGGAGCUGCCGGUCUCGGAGAAGCUCUCGCAGGACUGCGCCGACGCCAUGCUGAUGAUGUUCGCCAAGGACCCCGGAGACCGACCCACGUUGCCCGAGUUGGAGUCCUGUGUGUGGUUCGGGCAGUGGCUAUACGAGGAUGACGAUCCCGGAAGGUUCGAGCGGCCGGUCACUAAUCGUGAAAUUUACCGGACAAGGAUGGAGAGAGAAGAUCGCGCACAGAAGCAGCAACAGCAGCGGGCUCAGCAGCAAGCACAGCAGCAAGCACAGCAGCAAGCACAGCAGCAAGCACAAAACCUGGUACAAAUAGCGGUAGCAGUCAGCCAGCUUAUCGCAGACAAUGAUGGAGACCAAAUGCAAGAAUAGGCGUGGACCGCUUUAUCGUAUUUGUUUUAUUUUCCCUCCACCGCUUCCUCCUCUGAAGGCAUUGCUCGAUGAUAUGUGGUUUUUUUAUUUCUCUGCAAAGCAUGGACGGAUUGCUUCAACA